AUGUCGUUGCCAACGGGUGUUAAGGUGCAUCAUCAAGAAAGCGUCAGUAAUGUUGUGUCUAGUGCAGGGAUUCCAGUGUGGUAUCACUGCCCAGUGGUGUCAUGUGUGUAUCAUAGUGACUUUGGUGUGAAGGCCAAACACUUUCCCAAGCUGAAGUACCUGAAGCAGCACUAUCUCAAAGUGCAUGCAGCUCGCUCUCAUGCAUGUGACUGUGGCCAAGCAUUCAGUACUGAAGCACUGCUUGCCCGCCACCGGCGGACCUGUGGAGUCAAGUUGUUGUGUGUUUGUGGCUCUAUCUUUAAUGCCAUUGAGACACUACAGACUCAUGCUCGUCGCUCUGGUCACACAUUUCAUCAUUCUACAGUUCAAGCAUUAAGGGCCAGAAAAUCGUCACUUGGUGGGCCUGCCUUAACAAUACAGUCACCUGUAGAGGGCCCAUCACAAGCAGUGUGGACACACCACAUUCCACUGAAGUAUAAGAGUGUAGGUGAAGAAGGCAGUGAAGGCAGUGUUGUUGAGAUAAUCAAUACAUCAUCAUCAUCUGUGCAGUCGACAUUUGGUUCCAUGCUACCUACAAUAUACCCAGCUGCAUCCAGUAUGGGCUCAGCUGCACCCACAUGCAGUCUGCAGCAACCAACUCAUCUGCUAGCAGCUAUUGCACUUAGUGAACUGGCUGCAACAGCUAUGAAGAGAAUUCCUUGUGUGGAUGUGGGUGUCCAGACAGAGACUGAAGUAAUGCGCCGUUCAAGAAGGAAGUCAUCUAGCCCAGCAAAAUGUUGGAAACUGGCUGGAAACAACAUGACUUCGAGAAAUCUUGGUAAGCGAAAACGUACAACAGAAACUCAAACAAGACUCACUCACAGAGACAGCAAACGGUUACAGGGUGGGUCACUGCUCCAGAUGUCUGGUGCUGGCUCAACUGCAAUCACUUCUAAUAAUGAAAAUGAUUCUGCUUUUAUUGAUGUUGGGACAGAAGACUGUAAUGAUGAUGAUGAGGGAUCUUUUGAGAGCUUAGCAUUGCAAGUCAAUUUACCAGAGUUUAUUACCACACAACAAAGUACUUCAGGUACACAGACAAGUCCUGGUGUAGCUGGGCUUUCACACCCACAGCUUCACAAUCUUGCUAUUUCUUUGUUUGACCGUGCAUGUGGUGAGGAUGAACCAGGAAUUUCUCCAUCAUCAAUGACUGCUAUUACAGCAACACAGACACCAGAGCACCUUGAUCCUUUUACUUCUUCACAGCUAUUUAUUGAUGACGAUGAUGAUGAUGACUUGCUGGAAGUAGUUAAUGAAACUGUGGGAGCAAGAAGACCUCCCUCUCUUGGCCACAUUCGUUCAUCAAGCAUUGAAACUCAGACGGAUCAUGACGUGCUUCUCAGCAAAAAUGCUGAUACUCCUGAUGAUGCUGAUGAAAUUAUUGUAACCACUACAGAAACCCAGACUGAUCCUAGUAGUCUCCUUAUCUUAAAUGGGAAUAAUGUAUACCAGAGUCACAGUGCUUGUCAGGCAUCAGGAUCAUGUCAGGUGCAUGAAAGUGACAGCUUAUGGUGCACAAGUGAAACUCAGACGUAUGAAGAUUUCUCUGAUAUAGAGCAAUUUAUGCGCUCUACAAUUCAUACGCAGACACCAGAUCAUAGCCAUAGUGAGUUGUUCCCUGAACUAUCUUUCACCCACACUCAAACUCAGACUAGCUUAGAUGAUCCUCCUGCACUUGUUACUACUCACACACAGACACCUACAAGUAAACAAGUACCCUCAGGUUUAUCACACAUGUAACUGUAAUAAACUGCUCUGCUGUGUCA